AUGAAUUCUGAUUCGAGCUCUGUCUCCAGCAGAGCUUCAUCGCCGGACAUGGAUGAGAUGUAUCUGAGGGAACACCACCACCGCCACCACCACCACCAGGAGAGCCGUCUCAACUCGGUCUCCUCCACGCAGGGCGACAUGGUGCAGAAGAUGCCCGGGGAAAGCCUCUCGCGGGCUGGCGCCAAGGCCACGGGCGAAAGCAGCAAGUACAAAAUCAAGAAGCAGCUGUCGGAGCAGGACCUACAGCAGUUACGGCUGAAGAUCAACGGCCGCGAGCGCAAGCGGAUGCACGACCUAAACCUAGCCAUGGACGGGCUGCGCGAGGUCAUGCCCUACGCGCACGGGCCCUCGGUGCGCAAGCUCUCCAAGAUCGCCACUCUGCUGCUGGCCAGAAACUACAUCCUCAUGCUCACCAGCUCCCUGGAGGAGAUGAAGAGGUUGGUUGGCGAGAUCUACGGGGGCCACCACUCUGCCUUCCACUGCGGGACCGUGGGCCACUCCGCCGGCCACCCAGCACACGCCGCCAACGCCGUGCACCCGGUGCACCCCAUCCUGGGCGGCGCGCUCUCGUCCGGCAACGCCUCGUCCCCGCUGUCCGCCGCCUCGCUGCCGGCCAUCGGCACUAUUCGACCUCCCCACUCGCUGCUCAAGGCGCCCUCCACGCCGCCGGCGCUGCAGCUGGGCAGCGGCUUCCAGCACUGGGCCGGGCUGCCCUGCCCCUGCACCAUCUGCCAGAUGCCGCCGCCGCCGCACCUUUCCGCUCUCUCCACCGCCAACAUGGCUCGGCUGUCGGCCGAGUCCAAGGACUUGCUCAAGUGA